AGUUAAGGUAUAUAAACUGCAUUAAACACUGAAUCACGUGACGGUUUUCUACAUGAAGCAUUUGCGAGAAAGCCAUACCAGAAAGUGGACAAAAUAGAGCACUAAGUUUUGACCUUCUUAAAAUGGCAACUGCUUAUCUUUUUGUCACCGAGUUUUGACCUUCAUUCUUCACAAACGGAACAAAAAUGGGGAGGGGACCGCAAAAAAAUUGUUGUUGCCGGAUUUUCUGGUUUCCUGUUUCCGCUUGACUGUUGUCCGACUGCCAUAUUGAAUAGGAACAAAAAGGAGAAAAAUACAGAAAAGAAAUGUGAGAAAUAAGAAUAAAAAAAACACCACUAUGUCACGGUCAGUCUGGCAGCUAAACCACUCACUAGAAAGCGAAAGACAGUGAAAGACAAACGUGGUGAAAAAUAUAGGAUAUUCGCGUGCACAAAUCAAGGCAACAGUGCGCACGCGCCCAGUGACUAGUGGGCGCGCAUUCAGCUGGGAGACUGAACAGUUGGGUCUGUGAGAACCAGCAGUUGUGAUGUAUGCUCGCGCUCACGGGUGGAGGGUAACGGGAUCGAGCACUUCAGCUAUAGGGAGUUACUGGUAAAGCGAAAGAGGUUGGGAAUCCGAGAACGAGCUGUGCAGGAGAGAAGGGAAAGGGGGGCCUUUAACGGUCUACUUGCUUCUUUUGUGCAGAUGUUGACGUUUUAUACAUCUGUGUUUUACUGUUUGCACUUUUUUUUUGUAAAUCACAAUGAUUCGUUUAUGGUUUCAGCAAGGACUGGUUUAUAUUAAACUGCUUGGAAGUCUCCGGACGUAAAGAACAGGAGGAAGGCGGGGGAAGAGAGCAAUAGAAGGAGCUCAGAGAAAGCGGAACUGAAAAUAUUUUUUUCCCAACUAGAAAGGGAAGACCAGUAGAAGACGCAUGAAUACAUUUGUGUGCUGAUGUCUGGGGAUCGGCCUUCACUGUGAGGGCCAGAGAUGUACGAAACAACGAAGUGGUUGCUAUCAAGAAGAUGUCUUACAGUGGCAAACAGUCAAAUGAGAAAUGGCAGGAUAUCAUCAAAGAGGUGAAGUUUCUGCAGAAGCUUCGGCAUGCCAACACUAUCGAGUAUAAGGGCUGCUACUUGAGGGAACAUACUGCAUGGCUUGUUAUGGAGUAUUGUCUUGGGUCAGCUUCCGAUCUUCUAGAAGUCCACAAGAAACCCCUUCAGGAAGUAGAAAUUGCUGCUAUUAUCCAUGGUGCACUACAGGGGCUGGCUUACCUACAUUCCCGUAAUAUGAUUCACAGGGAUGUAAAAGCUGGGAAUAUCCUACUCACAGAACCUGGAUUGGUAAAACUAGGAGAUUUUGGUUCUGCAUCCAUUGUUGCUCCUGCCAAUUCCUUCGUGGGGACACCAUAUUGGAUGGCCCCUGAAGUGAUUCUUGCAAUGGACGAAGGCCAGUAUGAUGGGAAGGUGGAUGUUUGGUCGCUCGGCAUCACCUGCAUUGAACUUGCUGAGAGGAAGCCUCCUCUCUUUAACAUGAAUGCAAUGAGUGCCUUAUACCACAUCGCUCAGAAUGAAUCUCCAGUGCUGCAGUCCAACCAUUGGUCUGAAUAUUUCCGAAACUUUGUUGACUCAUGUCUUCAGAAAAUUCCUCAAGACAGGCCAACAUCAGAAGUGCUGCUGAAGCAUCGUUUCCUACUGAGAGAGCGUCCCCAGACUGUGAUCAUGGACCUCAUCCAACGUACAAAGGAUGCUGUACGGGAGCUUGAUAAUCUACAGUACCGCAAAAUGAAGAAGAUUUUGUUUCAGGAGUCGCACAAUGGUCCCAAUGCUGAGACUGCUGAGGAGGAAGAGGAAGUUGAGCCGUAUGGUUGCCCCUCUGGCACAGUCAACAGCAUGGAGAGCAGCCACUCUGUUCCAAGCAUGUCAAUCAGUGCAAGUAGCCAAAGCAGUAGUGUCAACAGCCUAGCAGAUGCUUCUGAUGACAGUGGAGAAAUGGCCAUGAUGCAGGAGGGUGAACACACAGUCACAUCCAACAGUUCUGUUAUCCACAGACUCCCAGGUCAUGACAAUAUUUACGAUGACCCCUACCAGCCUGAGGUGGAAUCCCAGCAGGCCUCUGCAGCUCGACGGAGGGCAUACUACCGCAAUCGAGACCAUUUUGCCACAAUUAGAACUGCCUCUUUGGUUACUCGUCAGAUCCAAGAACAUGAAGAGGACUCAGCUUUGCGUGAGCAGAUGACUGGCUACAAGAGAAUGCGACGGCAACAUCAGAAGCAGUUGAUGGCACUUGAAAACAAGCUGAAGGCUGAACUAGAUGAGCACCAGCUUCGACUGGAUAAGGAAUUAGAGACACAGCGCAACAACUUCAGUGCUGAGGCUGAGAAGCUGUCCAAGAAACACCUGGCCAUUCUCGAAAAAGAGGUGGGGAAGGAACAGGAGAUGACUAUGAAGGCAGCCUCAGCAGAGGAAAAGAAAUUUCAGCAGCAUAUCCUUGCUCAGCAAAAGAAGGAGUUGACAAGCCUGUUGGAGUCUCAGAAACGACAGUACAAGCUGAGAAAAGAACAGUUGAAAGAGGAGCUACAUGAGAAUCAGAGUACACCCAAAAGAGAAAAGCAGGAGUGGUUACUGCGACAGAAGGAGAACUUACAACAUUACCAAGCAGAGGAGGAGGCUAAUCUGCUGCGUCGUCAGCGCCAGUACUUUGAGCUGCAGUGCCGUCAGUAUAAGAGGAAGAUGUUGCUUGCAAGGCAUAACCUACAGCAAGAUCUUCUCCGAGAGGAGCUAAACAAGAAGCAGACCCAGAAGGACUUGGAUUGUGCUAUGUUGUUACGACAGCAUGAAUCUACUCAAGAGCUAGAGUUCAGACACUUGAAUAUUAUCCAGCGCACCCGAGCUGAACUCAUCAGACUCCAGCACCAGACUGAACUCACGAAUCAGCUGGAGUACAACAAGAGGAGGGAACAGGAGCUGCGUCAGAAGCAUGCAAUGGAGGUCCGACAGCAGCCCAAGAGCCUGAAAUCAAAAGAAAUGCAAAUUAAGAAGCAAUUUCAGGACACAUGCAAGAUCCAGACACGGCAGUACAAGGCACUGCGUAACCAUCUGCUGGAGACCACCCCCAAGAGCGAACACAAGGCCAUCCUGAAACGGCUCAAGGAUGAACAGACCCGUAAACUGGCCAUUUUGGCUGAGCAGUAUGACCACAGUAUCAGCGAAAUGCUCUCCACUCAAGCACUACGUCUGGAUGAAACCCAAGAGGCAGAGUACCAGGUGCUCAGAAUGCAGCUGCAGCAGGAGCUGGAAUUGUUGAAUGCCUACCAGAGCAAAAUCAAAAUGCAUACAGAGUCGCAACAUGAUCGGGAGACAAAGGAGCUAGAGCAGAGGGUCUCUAUACGACGAGCACUGCUUGAGCAACGAAUUGAAGAAGAGAUGUUAGCAUUGCAGAAUGAACGAUCUGAACGGAUACGAAGCCUUCUGGAACGUCAAGCUCAUGAAAUUGAGGCCUUUGAUUCAGAGAGCAUGAGACUGGGUUUCAGUAACAUGGCCCUCACAGGAAUUCCUGCUGAGGCCUUUAGCCAGGGCUACACUGCACCACCACAACCAUGGCCUUCUCGUCCUGUGCCCCGCAGUGGCUCUCACUGGAGUCAUGGUGUUCAGAACAGUGGACCUCCUCAUGCCUGGCGUCAGCCACCCGUCCUAACAGCUCCAUCUGCUUGGGGCCAUCCUCCUUCUGCCUCUGGAUCUCGAGGAAGUAUGAUGAUGCUCCGGAAUAGCCCUCAGCCCCUGCGCCGCACUGCAUCUGGGGGCCAGUCAGACCAGGCAAUGAGCCGAAGCACAAGCGUAACCUCACAAAUAUCAAAUGGAUCGCACUUGUCUUACUCAUGAACAUUUGAACUGAAAACAGAAUUUUCAUUUUCUACGUAAAAGUAUAUAUAUAGAUAUAUUUGUUUAUAUCUAUAUACAUUUAAGGUUCUGUGUCUUUAAGUAUACUGCCAUGUACUGUAGUGGCUGGGUAGAUAUGUCUUAAAGGGACAGUACUUUGUUAAGCUGGCCUGGGAAAAGCAGGCUUUUUUUAUUUUGUAUAUAUAUUUUUUGUCAACACUAUGAAAAGAUAUUCAUUUUGCUUGGGUAUGUCAGAUUUUUUGGUGGCAGUAUUCCGUUAAAUUUUAAGAUUUGUUAUUUUUUUAUUUGUGAUUAAGCAAGAUAAUUUUGUUGCCCUGGCCAGUGGGGAAUGUAGUGGUCUGCAGGCUGAUUGUCUGCUGUAAAAGAAGAUGGUCUCAAAGAGGCCUCUUACCCAGAAUAGUUUCCUUAUGAGGGCUAUGCUUUGUCUCCACUCAGCUGGCAGCAAGAGCAGUUUUAGAAAUAGCCCUUUUACAGGUGUGACAAAUGUCUGCCUGUCACACCAUCAAAUUACAUUAGAGCAACAAAGUAAGGAGGUGGUUCUUGUGUGCUGUGAUUUUAGGGUUUUCAUUUUUGUUCCUCCUCUUGUCCACAUUCAAUACAAGAAACUGAGCUUUAGUGGAAAGAAAUGUAAAUCUCAGGCUGUAGAAGUUUCUCCUUCAGAAAACUUCAUUCAUUGAAGACUUGAUGUAUAUUCCAGAGGGCAGGUGCAGUCUUGUUUAGAAUGCUUGUCAUUGCACACUAUUAAGAAUUUCCUGCAUGUGUGGGCCCCAGUGUGCACCUGACCUCACCAUGUAGGAAUGGCAGUAAACUGUUCCUUCGACAUAUUAGUGCCCUUUGUAGAUGGGAGUAUUACUCCCAGGGUAAUGCACAGGACUUAUAAACAAACUUUUCUGUAUAUGUUUUAUUAAAUUAUUAUUACAUUUCAGUUUAUUUUAUUUAUUUAGUGAGCAACGUCUUUGUCCCCCAUGUGGUCUAACGUUUUUAUCCCCUCUACUAGAAAUUCUCGUAGUAUAGAGUAACUUUUUGCCAAGUAUAAUUGCCGAAGUCUCUAAUGGUGCCAAGCAGAAGUCAUUGUAAGGCUUCUGUUUGUAUUUAGGCAUGAUUUUUACUUCUUCCUAAGCUUGUGAUUACCAGUCGGUUAUCACAGCACCAAACCGUACAAGCCACUGAACGUUAGGAGCUGACAGACAAACAUCUGUAGAGUUCCAGCAUUGCACCCUACAGUUCACAGUAUAUGCCACUUAACUAGGCUUACAUUCCUUGAGAAGGCAAGGAUACUUAUGAGUGAUAUAAUCUUUGAGGUAUGCAGACGAAGCCGUUUAAAAAAAAUUAUCCUAAAGUAACUCAAAUAGGAAUAUUUUUUGUUUUUAAUUCUUAGAUGGGGAUGUACUGCAGGAAGACCCAGACGUAUUGCUCAGGGUCACUCACUUAAUUACAUUAGUAUCUGAACCAGUAAUUUGUUGUGUACCAGUUUGGUUAUGUUCAGAGGCUUUCUUGUGGUUAUUGGGAAAUGGUACUGUCAGGAAAAAAUGUCUAUACAGAUUUGUGCUGCUUUUUUCAAGUAUGAAUGCUAGAUCCUCCAAAAAUCCAAAGCAAUCUACAAAGAAGAUGGCAGUGAGGUUCAGGAAAAAGCUGAAUCUGUCUAUAAGCCCUGUAUGUACAGCAUGGCCUGAGCAUGUGCAUCAUUGAGAAGUGAGCCAGUAGUAACCUGGGGAAUUGGGAAGGAUGGACAAGUAAACUAAUUAUUGUGCAUGCUAGCUCAACCAUGGUUUAAUAGUUUGCUUUCAAGAAACAACUGAGUGCACUUUGCAGUCAGAUCCUAGACAGGAUACCUACCAUGGGAAGUUGUGGUAGGGUUUUGAAUUUUAGACAUAUUUUUGAGUCAAGUUACUAAAUGUCAGCAUGUCCUUCCUGUGCUUUUGACAGUGAAUAAAUAGUUUCAUAUAAGUCAUCUAUAUUUAUAUUUGCACUUUUCAAGUUGCCAGAGCCCCCAAUUUAUGAAGUAUGUAAAGCAAAGUGGUAAAUAUACCAGUAAAACAGCCA